CAGCGGGCACUCAUUCCUACAGUCAGUCCGAAGGGACGAGGUAAAAGAGAAACAAAACAGUUGAAAAAGAAAGAAAGAAAGAAAGAAGAAAGUCAUGAAGGGCACCAUCUUCGCGGUUGCCUCCGCUCUCAUGGGCUCUGCCCUCGCCGACGGCCAUAUGCGUCGUCAUGGACAUGAUGUCUUCCACCAGCGUCGGGAUCUCACUGACGACGAGACCUGUGAUUGUACCACCAAGGUCAUCACCUACUGGGGAGAGCCUACUUUGGUCCCUAUUGCGAAUACCGUCACCUCCCAGACGACUACGACCAUCCAUUCCACCAGUUACACCACUGUGACUGUCGUCGUCACCCCGUCUAGCACGCCCGCGGGUGUGGGUGCCGUUGGCAUCUCCAGCUCGAGUGCCCCCGCCGCCGUGCUGCCCACCGGCUCCGUGGUGACCUUCUCCAGCACCGGUGUCUACACCAUUCCCGCCUCCACCGUGACCGUCACCUCCGAGACCACCGUCGCGGCUCUGACCACCGCUGCCGUGACCAGUGGCACCAACACCGUCGGCGGUGUCACCACCGUCGUGGAGACCGAAACCGUCAUCACCUGCCCCUACGCCACCACCACCUCAACCGGCACCACCGUCACCGAGAUCCUGGCCUACACCACCUACACCUGCCCCGUCGCUGGCACCUACACCAUUGCCCCGGUCACCACCUACGUUGAGACUGAGACUCAGGUCGUCAUCCCCACCCCGGCCACCAUCGCCCCGGGCACCUACACCCAGCCGGAGCAGACCGUCACCGUGCCCGUGACGGACUACAUCUACUACUGCCCCUUCGCCACUUCCUCCUCCUCUUCCUCCUCCGCUUCCUCCACUUCCAGCACCGUCGCUCCCGCCGUCGCCACCACCACCACCUCUGCCGCCUCGGUCCCCGCCGUCACCGAUGUGGCCGUCUCCGUGGCCUCUACCGUCGUCGCCGCCACCACCAGCACCAGCAGCAGCGUCUCCUCUAGCUCUUCUUCCGCUGCCGUGGCGUCCAGCACCGCCAGCACCGGCACCAGCGAUGACACCGGUACCAGCGCCUACGGUAUGACCUAUGACCCCUACACGGAUGCCGGUGACUGCAAGACGCAGGAUUCGAUCACCUCGGACAUUGCUGCCAUCGCCAAGAAGGGCUUCAGCCACGUGCGCAUCUACUCGCCCGACUGCAGCGGCCUGGACUACAUCGGUUCGGCCUGCAAGACCUACGGACUGACCCUCAUCCUGGGCGUGUACUUUGAGAGCAGCGACACCACCUCGGCCCAGGAGCAGGUCGACGAGAUCAUCUCGUGGGCCCAGUGGGGCCUGGUCGACCUGAUCGUGGUCGGUAAUGAGGCCGUCAUGGACGGCUACCUGACCGCCUCGGAGCUGGCCUCGUUCAUCAGCUCGGCCAAGUCCUCCUUCACCAGCGCCGGCUACACCGGCCAGGUCACCACCUCGGAACCCGUGGACAUCUGGCAGGAGGAUGGAACGACGCUGUGCAGCGUCGUCGACGUCGUCGGUGCCAACGUGCACCCCUUCUUCAACGCCGACACCACCGCCGAGCAGGCCGGCUCCUUCGUCGCCAGCGAGAUGGCCAUCCUCGACGACAUCUGCUCCGGUCUGAGCGUCUUCAACCUGGAGACCGGUUGGCCCACGCAGGGUGACUCCAACGGUGACGCCGUCCCCGGCUACGCCGAGCAGAUCACCGCCAUCGAGGGCAUCGUCACCGCCGCAGGUGACAAGUCCGUCUUCCUCUCCUACGCCAACGAUCUGUGGAAGAGCCCCGGCGAGUUCGACGUCGAGCAGUACUGGGGGUGCAUUGACGUCUUCUAAACGACCCGCAUGUAUAGGAAGUUUUUUUUUUUUCCCCCUCUUUUCUUCUCAUUUCAAAUUCUUCUUUUUUUUGAAACCCCAGGAUUGAAGUUUCCUCCCACCGUGAUAUUUUCCAUUCGAUAUUCAAAUAUUUCAUUCUCUAUAUUCUAUAAAGUCCUUAUUUCUUGAGUA